UGUGGCGGCGCUAGAUCUGAACAACUAGCUUAUCCUGGGCUCUGGGUUGGUUGCUGCGCUGCCUCGCUUGUUCAGAUCGCACGCUGCAUGCAUGCUGCGAGCAUGCCAAUCCCACAGAGCCUGUUUCAGAUUAUUGAAUACCUUCUCUCUCGUUCACCAACAGUGCCACCCAAGAAGGCCGCCAUUCUCGCUUCGGCGACAAAGACUUCCAAGAAGAAGAAGUGGAGCAAGGGCAAGGUCAAGGACAAGGCCCAAAACUCUGUCGUCCUCGACAAGCCCACAUACGACAAGAUCCUCAAGGAGGUGCCAACGUUCAAGAUGAUCUCGCAGUCGACUCUGAUCGACCGUCUCAAAGUCAACGGUUCUCUCGCUCGCCGGGCGAUCCGCCACCUCGAGAAGGAGGGCCAGAUCAAGAGGAUCAUCCACCACCACGGGCAACUUGUCUACACCCGUGCCUCUGGGUCUGACUAAGGUUUUAGCCCUGGUGCGAUUGAUUUCACUCUGUACUAUGCGCAUUGAAUUGUCUUCUAUGUGAAAACUUG